AUGGAUCAUGUCAAUCGUAACUGGACCCAGAGUUUUAUCCUUGCUGGUUUCACUACCACUGGGACCCUACAACCUCUUGCCUUCUUGGGGACCCUGUGCAUCUAUCUCCUCACACUUGCAGGGAACAUUCUUGUCAUUGUCCUGGUACAGUUAGAUUCUGGACUGUUCAUGCCCAUGUACUUCUUUAUCAGUGUCCUCUCCUUUGUAGAUGUGUGGUAUCUGUAUGCUUUAUUCAGCUAUGUCUUUCAUUCCUUAGGGAUGACUGAGUGCUACCUGCUGGGUGUCAUGGCACUGGAUCGCUACCUUGCCAUCUGCCACCCACUCCACUACCAUGCACUCAUGAGCAGACAGGUACAGUUACGACUAGCUGGGGCCACUUGGGUGGCUGGCUUCUCAGCUGCACUUGUGCCAGCCACCCUCACUGCCACUCUGCCCUUCUGCUUGAAAGAGGUGGCCCACUACUUUUGUGACUUGGCACCGCUAAUGCGGUUGGCAUGUGUGGACACAAGCUGGCAUGCUAGAGUCCAUGGCACAGUGAUUGGUGUGGCCACUGGUUGCAACUUUGUGCUCAUUUUGGGACUCUAUGGAGGUAUCCUGAAUGCUGUGCUGAAGCUACCCUCAGCUGCCAGUCGUGCCAAGGCCUUCUCUACCUGUUCCUCCCACAUGACUGUGGUGGCACUAUUUUAUGCUUCUGCCUUCACAGUAUAUGUGGGCUCACCUGGGAGUCGACCUGAGAGCACAGACAAGCUUAUUGCCUUGGUUUAUGCCCUUGUUACCCCUUUCCUCAAUCCUAUCAUCUAUAGCCUUCGCAACAAGGAGGUGAAGAAGGCUUUAAGGAGAGUCAUGGCCAGGCGCGGUGGUUCACGCCUGUAA